AUGCCGAACCAGUCAUUACUCGUGCCACCUCGCGAGGCUACCAGCGAGGCCAGCGAAGCCAGCAGGGCCCCCGACGAGACCAGUCCACUUCUCGAGCAACCUCGAGGUCCUACAACCCCCGAGACAUGGGCAUCGCUAGGCCAAAGAUGGCAAAUCACAGUGCAGUCUUCGCUUGGCCUCCCUUCCCACCUAUGGUUUCCCGCCUCCAUCUUCCUGCUUGGCAUAGCAGCAGACUACUGCGAGGGGGCUUUCUUUACCGCUGCGUACACAAAAAUUAGCUCGGAAUUUCAAGAAGAAUACAACGGCGCCCUGCUCAAGAUAUGCUACAGCACCGCCACAGCCGUAAUGCGGCCAUUGUGGUCGAUUCUGUCGAACCAUCUGGACUGGCAUUGGCCGCUGGUUGCGACAUUUGUCUUCUUCAUUUGUGGCAUGGCGUAUGGCUCCGUCGGCACCAGCAUGACUGACAUCAUGAUUGCCCGAGCUGUCACCGCCAUAGGCGCCUCUGGCAUGGUCUUCAUCCCCAACCUUGUGUUCAACGCAUUUGUUGCCCCGGGCAAACUGUCAUGGUGGAUAUUUUUCCAGGCACCAGUGAAUCUUCUAGGCCAGUUCAUCGGCAGUCGUCUUGCCAAGUUCGAUCUUGACGACGGCUCUAGCUUACGCUUCGUGUACCGGCUACAGAUAUGCAUACCCAUGUUCUGUGCUGUUACCAUCAUAGCAUGGGUUUUUUUUAUCCGACCAUUAUCCAGCACAGAAGCAGGCGCCCCGACCUUUGAGAGCCCAGAUCCUUCAGAAUAUGUGAGCUCUUAUCCGCCAAAGAGACAUAGCCCCUCCGCAGCGGCAACAUUUUGUGUAAUUUGCUUGGUGAUAGCAGUAGCUGGACUUUGUGUGGCUGUCAAUCUACUCGGUGAGCUUCCGGAGCGCAUCUCCAUCAUCUAUUGGUUCCUCCAGCUGUUCAUGAUCUUGGGCGGCUCUAGUGGCUUUCUCUAUCUCCAACGUAGCCUUACGCCAGCGGACAAUCUAUUUCCCAUCGCUCUUGUGAAGAGUGUGCAACUCGACGUCGUAGGCAUCUUUCUGGCGACUUUUAUCAAGGAUGGAGGUAUCUCAAAUUUUUUCUUCCUGGUUCCGUGGUUCUGCCAAAACGCCCUGAUCGCAAAUACAUGGGUUCUUCGGCUCUUGUGGAUAGGUAUACCCGUGGGAACAGGUAUUACUGCCGUUUGCUUCGAAACGCUCAAAAGGGUCAAGCCAGUGCUGUCCCUCAGUGCGCUGAUAUGCAUCUGCGAAAAUCCGACGAGUCCAGCGAUCUUUGUUUCCUGGAUCUUCAGCGGGAUCUUGGGCGUCGGCUAUGGGAUGAUGGGAAACGCCCUUCAUAAUGGUUUGAUAGCGGCCCUCAAGUCCAAUCGCGAGCGCCAAGCAAUGCUCUACGCUGGCUUCCAUCUGAUGUCCACACUUGGAGAUUUGGUAGCCACGGCAAUAUCCAACUGGGCCCUCCGCCUGAGGGCAUCGACGCUCAUUAGAAGGAAUUUGCGUUCGAUGUUGGAUCCAAAACACGUUGAAGAGAUCGUUCAGCACUGCCUCAAGACUGACAAUUGCACUGCAAAGCUACCCUCAGAAGCACGGGAUGCGGUUCGAAAGUCGUUUCUGAAAGCCUCGGCGUCGGUGUCAAUCAUCCAGGUCACGGCCUACCUGUCCCUGGGAUUUAUAGUGUGGUGGGUGAUUUCUGAUGUUCACCUGCAAGACACCAGCAGUUCCGAAGAAAACAGCCAUCGCGAGCCUAUGGAUUGA